AUGGCUGGGCCAGCCGACGUGGACGAGUGCUCGGAGGGCACGGAUGACUGCCACAUUGAUGCCAUCUGCCAGAACACGCCCAAGUCCUACAAAUGCCUCUGCAAGCCGGGCUACAAAGGGGAAGGCAGGCAGUGUGAAGACAUCGACGAGUGUGAGAAUGACUACUACAACGGGGGCUGUGUGCACGAGUGCAUCAACAUCCCGGGGAACUACAGGUGCACCUGCUUUGACGGCUUCAUGCUGGCCCACGAUGGACACAACUGCCUGGAUGUGGACGAGUGUCAGGACAACAAUGGCGGCUGCCAGCAGAUCUGCGUCAAUGCCAUGGGCAGCUACGAGUGUCAGUGCCACAGUGGCUUUUUCCUCAGCGACAACCAGCAUACCUGCAUCCACCGCUCCAACGAGGGUAUGAACUGCAUGAACAAAGACCACGGCUGUGCCCACAUCUGCCGGGAGACGCCCAAAGGUGGGGUGGCCUGUGACUGCAGGCCCGGCUUUGACCUUGCCCAAAACCAGAAGGACUGCACACUAACCUGUAACUAUGGAAACGGAGGCUGCCAGCACAGCUGUGAGGACACGGACACGGGCCCCAUGUGUGGCUGCCACCAGAAGUACGCCCUCCACUCGGACGGUCGGACGUGCAUCGAGAAGGAUGAGGCUGCAAUUGAGCGCUCUCAGUUCAAUGCCACGUCAGUAGCUGAUGUGGACAAGCGGGUGAAACGGCGGCUCCUCAUGGAGACCUGUGCGGUAAACAACGGAGGCUGUGACCGGACCUGCAGGGACACGGCCACUGGUGUGCGGUGCAGCUGUCCGGUGGGAUUCACGCUGCAGCCCGACGGGAAGACAUGUAAAGACAUCAACGAGUGCCUGGCCAACAACGGGGGCUGCGACCACUUCUGCCGCAACACCGUGGGCAGCUUCGAGUGUGGCUGCCGGAAGGGCUACAAGCUGCUCACCGACGAGCGGACGUGCCAAGACAUCGACGAGUGCUCCUUCGAGCGGACCUGCGACCACAUCUGCAUCAACUCCCCGGGCAGCUUCCAGUGCCUGUGUCACCGUGGCUACACACUCUAUGGGACAACCCACUGCGGAGAUGUGGACGAGUGCAGCAUGAACAAUGGGAGCUGUGACCAGGGGUGCGUCAACACCAAGGGCAGCUACGAAUGCGUCUGCCCCCCAGGGAGGCGGCUCCACUGGAACCGGAAGGACUGUGUGGAGACGGGCAAGUGCCUUUCUCGGGCCAAGGCCUCCCCCUGGGCCCAGCUGUCCUGCAGCAAGGUGGGCGGUGUGGAGAGCUGCUCCCUUUCCUGCCCAGCCCACUCACUCUUCGUGCCAGACUCGGACAACAGCUACAGCCUGAGCUGCGGCGUCCCAGGUCUCCAGGGCAAGAUGCCACCGAAACGCAACGGCACCGGCUCCAGCACUGGGCCCAGCUGCGCAGGUGUGCCUGCCCCCAUCAGGCAGAAGGCCCGCUUCAAGAUCCGAGAUGCCAAGUGCCACCUCCGGCCCCACGGCCGGGAGCCAGCAAAGGAGACCCUGAGGCAGCUGCUGCUGGAAAACUGCCAUCUGACCUUUGUGACCCUGAAAUGUGACUCCUCCAAGAAGAGGCGCCGUGGCAAAAAGUCCCCAUCCAAGGAGGUGACCCACAUCACAGCAGAGUUCGAGGUGGAGACAAAGAUGGAAGAGGCGUCAGACACCUGCGAGGCGGACUGCAUGCGGAAGCGCGCCGAGCAGAGCCUGCAGGCCGCCAUCAAGACUCUGCGGAAGUCCGUCGGCCGGCAUCACUUCUCCGUCCAGGUCGCAGGCACAGAGUACGCGAUGUCCCAGUGGCCGGCCAAGGCCCUGGAGGGCCAGGGGGCGUGCAGCACAGGCCAGGUGUUACAGGACGGGAAAUGCGUGGCCUGCGGGCCUGGCACCUACUUCAGCGGGGAUCCUGGCCAGUGCGUGCCAUGUGCCCCGGGGUCCUACCAGGACAGGGACGGCCAACUCAGCUGCACGCCAUGCCCCAGCAGCGACGGGCUCGGCCUGGCUGGUGCCCGCAACGUAUCCGAAUGUGGAGGCCAGUGUUCCCCAGGCUUCUUCUCCCCAGAUGGCUUCAGGCCCUGCCAGGCCUGCCCGGUGGGCACGUACCAGCCUGAGCCUGGGCGCACGGGCUGCUUCCCCUGCGGAGGAGGUCUGCUCACCAAGCACGAGGGCACAGUCUCCUUCCAAGACUGCGAGGCCAAAGUGCACUGCUCCCCGGGCCACCACUACAACACCAGCACGCACCGCUGCGUCCGCUGCCCCGUGGGCACCUACCAGCCCGAGUUCGGCCAGAAUCACUGCAUCAGCUGCCCGGGCAACACCAGCACGGACUUCGACGGCUCCACCAACGUCACACACUGCAAAAACCAGCACUGCGGCGGCGAGCUCGGCGACUACACAGGCUACAUCGAGUCCCCCAACUACCCCGGUGACUACCCGGCCAAUGCCGAGUGCGUGUGGCAUAUCUCACCACCCCCCAAGCGCAGGAUCCUCAUUGUGGUCCCUGAGAUCUUCCUGCCCGUCGAAGACGAGUGCGGCGACGUUCUGGUCAUGAGGAAGAGCGCAUCACCCGCGUCUAUCACCACCUAUGAGACCUGCCAGACCUACGAAAGGCCCAUCGCCUUCACCUCUCGCUCCCGGAAGCUCUGGAUCCAGUUCAAAUCCAAUGAAGGCAACAGCGGCAAAGGAUUCCAAGUGCCCUAUGUCACCUAUGACGAGGACUACCAGCAGUUGAUAGAAGAUAUCGUUCGCGAUGGACGGCUCUACGCCUCGGAGAAUCACCAGGAAAUUUUAAAAGACAAGAAACUCAUCAAGGCCCUCUUCGACGUGCUGGCGCACCCCCAGAACUACUUCCGGUACACAGCCCAGGAGUCCAAGGAGAUGUUCCCGCGCUCCUUCAUCAAACUGCUGCGCUCCAAAGUGUCCCGGUUCCUGCGGCCUUACAAAUAAAGUGGCCGAGCUGCCCUGCGCGGGGGUGGCCGGGCGUCCGGGCGUCCCGACGGGGCGGAGAGAGUGCCUUCCCUCCCCAGGAGAGGCUCGAAGGAGGCUCCACGGGCCUCCACGCUGCCUUGGGAAGUCACCAUGGCGUCUGCCCUUUGGAAACGCAGACCAGCCCGCGGGAGUGAGACCACGUCCAGGCAGAGACGCCGGCCCGCUGCGCUCCUCAGAUCGCCCCACUGGGAAAACACUGCUUACGGCGGCUUUUCUCCCUCCCUACCUCCCUCCACCUGUUCCUGUUCGAUUCAGGACGGCACCCCCUCCUGAGCGGCACUAGCGGACCCAUCCAGGCGGACACCCUCUGUGCCGCCGCCAGGCAGCCAGGUUCUGGGCAGAAUGCACAUUUGGGGGGUCGCACAUGGCCUCACCUGACGUCUCCAGAGAGGGGGGCGUGGCAGCCUCUGUCUCCAGGCAGGCUCUGGGAGGCAUCAUCUGAGACAGGAAGCCAGGCCGUGGGAGGAGGGGCGUGGGAAGGCAUCUGGGGAGCUUUGAUAAGCCGGUGUCUGCACCUGCUAGCCAUCCGCACCCCCCCCACCACUCCUCCAGCCACGGGCCUGGUCGUAGGCGCCACGUGGUGGGGCUCUAAGGAUUCUAUGAUGGGACAGAAAAGAGCUGCUAGCGGAGGAAACUGUAGAUUUGUGCUUUCCCUUGAUAGAGCAUCUAAUUAAGUACUAUAUAUAUAUAUAAAUAUAAAUAUAAAUAUAAUAUACUUCUAUUUGUGGGUACUUUAGGAAAAUCCUCUUUAGUAACUGUAGAUAUGAAUUGCGACCCCACCUCUUCCCUCUCGAGCUGUUGCCGGCAUCCCCCCCCCACCCCACCCAGGUGCUUGCCACCUGUUUCCAUGAGUCCGGGAGGCUGCAGGGUGGGGAGAAGGCAGGCUGGUUCUGGACACGCUCUGGCGUACACAUUCUUUGGGAACUGGGCUCCGAUGAUUUGCUGGAGUGUUGCCCUCAGGUGGAAUGUGGUGGAAGGCAGUUUCCCUUGGACCCUUUCCUGUGGGUACUGGGGCCUUGCAGUAAACCUCAAAGGAGGCAUGUGCUGACUCUGAGGCCAUGACCUUGGGGUCUGCUGUGGCCUCGUGCCACAGGGAAACAAGGCCUUCCCCACAUGAGCACAGGCUGGUCCACCGGGAGAGGCCUCAGAGGGCAGCAGCCCACCCCUUUAUCUUACCAGUGAAGAGAACGGGCCGGGGAGGGCACGUGGCCAGCGUCCAGAGGCCUGGCCCCGAGAGAGCCAUCGUUUUUCUGCUGCACCGUGCUGUGCCCCUCCGAGAGUGUCUUUAUAUAAAGAGAAGUCCACAGUCUGACCCAGUUGCCUGGUGCCCCCCUCAGCCAGGAAGCCAGUGCCGGGAUAGAGCCAGAAAAGCCCCGUGGCACUGAGUCCUCACCUGCUGGCCGACUGCCGGCUGCCGCCUGUGGGACGUGCAUAGGAAGUGGUCUAUAUCUGCAGGCUUAACAAAUGUUCACAAUUCCAAGAAACCUGGGAGAAUCUUAAAAUGAACCACAGUCACCUGUCCCAGUACCUCUAGGUUGUCUCCUCCUGCCCCCACACCCAGGCUGAGCGAUGGGCGCAGUCUGAGAUCCGUCCAUAGCACGCUGUGGGUGGGGAAGCCUGGAGCCAGGCUAGUGGGGCCUGGGGGUCGAUGACAAGGCAGGCUGCGAGGAUUUCACAAUCCAAAACAGGGUUGGGAGCUCAGAAAUCAUUCCCUGCGGCUGCCCACGUCAGCAACGGCAAGUCCACAGUUUGACAAACCUGCCACCAGCACCUUCUCUGCCAGAAUCCAACUCAGGUCAGGAAGGGGCCUGGUGGGCAGGUCAGUGUGAGCCCUGAGCCCCGUCUGGGCCCGCACCGCCCUCCCCUGGUCACAGGCCUCGAAGGCCAGCCUCCGGCUCCAGGAAGACCCCUGGCUUCCCUCCCGAGCCACUGCUCAUCCCCAGAAAUUAGACGAGUGCCCCCCGGAACGGGCCCCCACUGACCACCCCCCAGGCGAGGGGACAGGGAGGAUUCUUUUUAAUGUUCUCAAAACAGAGAGGACCAGAAGAGCUCUAACCUUUCUUGAACACUUCUGCCGCCCCUCUGGGUGGUUUCCAGCAGUCGACACUCACAAACCCUGCUACUCCACCAGCCCUUCCAGUGGGAGCCCACCCAUGUUCUGUGGCUCUCCCCUCCACUGUGGUCAGACCUGCCCGGUGUCCCGCCAACAGAGCAGGACAGAUGUGGGGCCCCUUGACCUUAUAAGUACCAGGUAGCCAGCCACCAGGCUAAUUAAUUUGCCAGCUACCAACACAUCCCCAUCAGUCCCCCACCCACGCCAUCAGGGGCACUCAGAGUCCAGGGGUGGGGUCUGUCCUUGAUGUCAGCCCUCAGCCCCACCCUGGAGAACUUGAGGGUCUCACCUGUUAAAGCUGGAGCUGUCCCUGGUCUUCGGAGCCUGGUGGCCUUGGGCGAGCUCCCUGAGCAACAAAGCACGUCUGUCCAUGCUCCCGUGUUGCGGCAGCUGGUGGCAGAUGGGCUGCUGGAGGUAGAAAGGACGGGGCCCAGAGAGGAUGGGUCCCCGCAAUGGGUCCCGAAGGACAGAAGCUCAGGAUGAGGGUGCGGGAGUCCCGUGCUGCCGGAGGGAGGCUCGAGAUGUGGACGGGCUGAGCCAGAAGGAGCACUCCCCACACGCGGAUGGGACGUUGGCCUCAAGCAGCUGCAGCCACAGCCACCGCCGCUCCUUGCCUGGCACGGACCCUCAGCGGCUGGCCAGUCGAUAAACUCCAAGGAAAAGAGCCAAGAACAAGCUUCCGGAAGCAAACCUGGCCCAGCGGGCCGGGACUGAAAGGUUCCAAGGCCUGGAAGUCCCGAGGAGCUUGGCUCUGCUCCUUGCAGGGUGGCUGGGGAAGCCCCCCAAGGAUGGCUGUGGAAGACCGAGGUGCCACCACGCCAGGCGCCCAGCGGCAGCCGGCAGGUGGGACCCAGGAGUGGUGGACCUGGAAGAAGCCCUUCUGCCCCGCACCCCUGGCACCUCCUGGCUCUCUGCUUCCGUGGAAACGUGCCGAGAAAAAGAAGAGACUGUGCCUCAAGGUCCAGUGGCCAGCUGGGCCCUCAGUGAGCGUUGGGGCCACAUCCUCUGCCUCCGAAUUAGGCCUAUUUUCGCUAGCUACGCUCUUGCCUGAGCCAGAGCCAGAGCCUUGCCCCCGGGGAGUUGUGCUGGCCUCUCUCUUCCCCCUUGGGCUCUCCGCUUAGUCUCAACUCGCCCCAGCAGGUAGCCUUGGCCAGUGGUGGUGACCUCGCUCUGCCCAGCUCUGGCUCCCCAGGGGCAGUCUUUGCCAGCCCCUCCUCACCUCUGUGGUGACAGAAUCGAGGAGGCCGUGGGGCCCAAGGUGGCGGCCUCAGACAGCUUUCCCACCGGCCAUCCAUUGGUUUGGGACACGCAGGUAAAGGAGAACUGUAACCCGGGCCAAAUAGAGAGAAAUGGCCCCAAGAGGCCGAUUCUGAGAGCCCAAAGACAACUUCUUUCCUUCAACCCUUAAAACCUGUGUUUCCUACCUGAACCCUCAUUCCCCCAGGGACAUGGCCAAGAUCACCCAUUUUCCACAAGAGGCCCCUGACUGCUGGAGCAAGAGUGGGGACCUAAGUGACAUUUUGGAGGUUGGAUAAUUACUCAUAUGCCUCCACCCACCACCCUCAGCAGGGAAAUAAGAUACUGAGCUAAGUUAGGUCAUUUAACAAACAUUUGCUGAGAGCUUACUGUGUGCCAGCCUCCUAGAGAGGAGGAGAGACCACAGCCAUGGGGUUGGCAGAGUCCCCUGGAAAGUCCCUCUUGGUCCCAGAGAUAAAGGUGACUGAGGCUGGCCUGGGGGUGGACAGAGCCCAGUGUUGCUCAGGAGACGGCAGUCCCUCCCUCCAGCACCUCCCAGCACCUCGCAGUACCGUGGGUGGGGAUGGAGAGCGUGGACAGCGGGCAGAGCAGAGCAGGGGUCAUAGAAGGAGUCCCGAAGUCCAUCUCCCGAUGUGGCCGUUCUCCUCCACCAGCAGAGAGAGACACAGAGGAGAGCUCAGCCAACAUGCCAAAGGCAGAAGGAUCGACAUUUGAGACAUGCUACCCGUCCACAGGGAGAGUCAGAGCCCGCAGCUCCUCUUCUCCUGUGGCCGCCUCUGGAGGCGCUAGUUCUGAGUGCCUGCUGUAUGCCAGACACGGUGUGGCUCACAGCUCGAGUCAGCCUUACCCAGGCUGCCUUGCUCCUUGGAGAGGGCAGCAAGAGAGGGCAGGCCAUCCCCAGGCUCAGACGCCACAGGCACGGCCACGCGUUCCCUCCCAGCACCCUACACAGAUGGCCCCCAAAGAGCAGGACCUUCCGUGUCUCUGAGCACCCCCCAGCCCCCAGAUGGGCCCUCUGAAAUUGUGUGCCUCGAGUCUCAGCAGGAGGCAGUGAAAGGCCUGAGCGCCCCCCCCCUUCGCCAGGCUCUGGGGGGCAAUCCUCAGGGCCCUGCAAGAUAGGCGGGGCCUGAUGCCCCUAGGACACAGGUGGGAGGCCGUGUGACCUGUCCCAGGCGAACAGCUAGUAGCCGGUGGAACCGAGACUCAAACCCAAGCCCAUCGAAACCCAUGGCAGGAGAUGUCUGUCUGUGAGAUGUGGACGACUGAAUUGUUCGGGUUGGGAAAUGCGCUGGGGAGCUCCGGGCCCAGGACACGGCAGGUAGAGAGGAGGAAGGUGGAGGAGGGGUGGACGGAGUGACCUCCCCUCCCUCUGGAACAAGCGCUAAAAACUCAGAGGAAGCCCGGCUUCUGCCUUCUCCCCUGCAUGGACAGGAUGGAAGUGUCCAUUCAGAUUUGGCCUUCAGGGCAAGCUAAGCUGCAGCCUGGGGUUCCUGCGGCACGGCUCCCCUGCUGGCAGCCAGCCCGGUGCACCCCCGCACCCCCGCACCCCCGGAGAGACGCUGUGCGCCCCCCAUCGGCCCCUCUCGCAGGCUCUGUUGCACAAACAUGAGACAAUGCUGGUGUCGCUCAGCCCACGGUGGGCUGAAAAGCAGGGGCGCAAAGAGAGCUCACUGAUGCCCAGUACUUUGUUUUCCAGUUCAGAGGCCACAUAGAUCCCCAGGAAAGGUCUGAGUCCGCUGAGAUCAGAACCUUGAACAGCCUGAGCAGACCCGGUCCAUACGGCUCUGGAAAUGGGAUAUCUGAACACCACUGGGGGCCUGCGGUGGGGGGGGCAGAGAUGGGGGCAGAGAGCUGGGCCCUUGUUCCCCCAGCCUCCACUUCGGGUUCUGUGAAGGCGCUGUACUGUUCAGGCACUUGGGCCUCCCCUCUGUCUGUAAGAGUGACAGAUACCAGCGCAAUCAUGUUUUUCCUUUAGUCGCCUCAAAUAUUCAAGGUUUUGUGUUCUCCACCAUGUUCAUACAUAUGCAUGUAAUUAAACAUUUGCGGAAAUCACUUUAAUAAUAAACAGGAAAUGAACCUAAA